AUGCGUCUCCUGAAUGUCAAAACCCGCAAGCUAGAGAAGUUCUUCGAUGAAUCGAACCCAGACUAUGCCAUUCUUUCACACACCUGGGGAGCAGAAGAAGUUACUCUGCAAGAUCUCGAGAACCCCGAUCAUGUCCAGAAGAAGGGCUGGACCAAGAUCGACGGGACUUGCACCCUCGCGGCCAAGGAGAACAUCGACUACAUCUGGAUCGAUACUUGCUGCAUCGACAAGACGAACAGCGCAGAGCUUUCGGAAGCCAUUAAUUCCAUGUACCGCUGGUACAAAUCGUCCCAAAUUUGUUACACAUAUCUCUCCGAUGUCCCCACAAACACAGACCCUUCUGAGUCCAACUCGGCCUCUCGACGGAGUGGCUGGUUCACCAGGGGGUGGACACUCCAAGAGCUGAUCGCCCCGCGAAACCUUGUUUUUUACGACCAGAAAUGGAAGCCCAUGGGGACAAGACUGGAGUUGGCGGCUCUUGUCAAAGAUAUCACCGCCGUCCCCGCUCACAUGCUGUCAGCAGACGCCUCCAAUCCCUGGCCUAAUACUGCAAUACGCAUGUCCUGGGCGGCGAACAGAGCCACGUCGAGGGCUGAAGACAUUGCCUAUUGUCUCCUCGGCAUCUUUGACAUACAGAUGCCUCUGCUAUACGGCGAAGGCAAUGCCGCAUUCCAAAGGUUGCAGCUUGAACUACUCAAGCAAUCAGAGGAGGAGUCUCUGUUGGCUUGGGGCCUCGACUCGUCGGUGCAACUGAUCAUCAAACCCCCCAACUGGAGAGGUCUGGUUUCAGUUGCUAACAACAGCCGCCCAUCUCGCGGUCGGGGCGUCUUAGCACACCACCCGGGCGCCUUUCGCUCCUGGCAAGGGUUGGAGGCAUCAGAAGAAGACACGUCAAAGUGGCCUCCGAGAUCCAAGAUGCAAGCCACCAAGUCCGGGUUGGAGAUAACGCUGAUCUAUUGCUCGUUCCCCUUUUCCUUCAAGCCGGCUCCGGCAAGUCUACAAUCACGUACUCGCGAGGCCAAAAUAUCAUUUGCGCAUCAUGGGCUGUACUUGACCAAGCUGCAAUGCAAACCAUCAUUUUAA